AUGGAUAGCAAAUAUUUCAAGGGUAAUCGCCGUUCCGAGCUCCAGGAACUGCGUGAAGAGCUACAAAAUGCCGAAAAAGACAAGCAAAAGGACGCAAUAAAGAAGAUUAUAGGUGCAAUGACCACAGGAAAGGAUGUUUCUAGCCUGUUUCCAGACGUCGUAAACUGCAUCCAAACUAAUAACAUAGAAUUGAAAAAGCUAGUCUACCUAUAUGUCAUAAAUUAUGCUAAAGUACAACCAGAACUUGCAAUAUUGGCAGUAAACACAUUUUGCAAGGACGCAAAGGACCGUAAUCCUCUCAUAAGGGCAUUGGCCAUUAGAACAAUGGGUUACAUUAGGCUUACGGCUAUAACAGAAUAUCUGGUUGAACCUCUAAAACGGUGUCAAACGGACCCUGAUCCAUAUGUACGAAAAACGGCUGCUGUUUGUAUUGCUAAGCUUUAUGGAAUAUGUCCUUCGUUGGUUGUAGAGGAGGGGUUUUUGGACAUGUUGAGGGAUAUGUUAUCCGACCAAAAUCCAAUGGUGGUUGCAAACGCUGUGUCCACACUUGUUGAAAUUUCGGAACUAUCAGAUGACAAUAUGUUUGAGCGAAUGUUGCAAAAUGAUGCAUCGUGCUUGAACCGUCUAUUGAAUGUAUUAAAUGAGUGUAUAGAAUGGGGACAGGUUUAUAUUUUGGAUGCGUUGGUAUAUUAUAAUCCAAGAGAUUCCGCUGAUGCAAAAAGGGUUGUGGAAGCUGUUUGCCCACGUUUUUCUCACAUAAACUCUGCAGUUGUAAUGUCUGCCAUUAAGGUUGUUCUAAAGAUGAUGAACAAGAUCACAGACAAGGAAUACCUUAGGUUAUUGAAUACAAAGUUGUCUGCACCCCUCGUCACGCUAUCAUCACUAGAGCCGGAAAUUCAGUAUGUAGCUUUACGUUCCAUUUUGGUUGUAAUUUCAAAGUAUCCCAGAUUGUUGGAGGAUCACGUACGUUCCUUUUUUUGCAAGUGUACAGAUCCUCUGUAUGUUAAUAUUGAGAAGCUGGAUAUUAUGGUAAAGCUUGCUACGAGCACAAAUUACAAUAUUAUACUCAAUGAAUUAAGAGAAUAUGCAACAGAUGUAGAUUUGGAAUUUGUAAAGCGUGCAAUAAAGGCUAUAAGUUCUCUCUGCAUCAGGCUUGAAUUGGCGUUGGACGCUUGUGUUAAUGCCAUUACUGAGCUUUUGCGAUUGAAAAUUAACCAUGUAACAGAGGAAUGUACAGUAGCUUUGAGGGAUAUUCUUAGAGGCUAUCCACAUGUAUUCUCUAAUGAACUUUUCCUUCUUUGUGCGGACGUUGAUUAUAUUCAUGACGCAGAAGCAAAGGCAGCGUUAGUAUGGAUUGUUGGCCAAUAUGCAUCGAAAAUUGAUGAUGCAUCAGAAUACAUAUCUAAUCUUGCUGAAACGUUUCAUGAGGAACCACAUCCAGUUCAGCUCAGUCUUCUUACUGCAGCAAUGAAGGUUAAUUUGAGUUGUGGUGGUAGUGAUUUGGUAUCGCAUGUUAUCCGCAAAUGUGGCGUUGAUAGCAGUAACCCUGAUGUGAGGGAUAGAGCCUACAUGUACUUGAGGCUUUUGGAGGCUGGUGACAAAGUUGCAUCAAAAGUCGUUUUGUCAGCGCUUCCGCGCAUAGGAGAUUCUUCACUGGAUAAAGCUACUCUGGAUGAUCUCUUGGAAAAUUUAGGUCGCGUGUCUGCGAUUUACCAUUUACCAUCUUGGGCUGUUGCAUUUAGAGACGUAGUUACAACAGGCCAAACCAAGGCAGUAACACAUGUACGCGAGUCGAGCGAUGAAGAAUCAUCACAUGGAGAGUAUUUUGGAAAAGAAAAACGUUCUGAUAAAACUCCUGAGGAAGAUGAAGACGAAGAUUUGUUCCAAACUUCUGGAUUGGCAGGAUACAUUUGCAAGAGUCAAAUUGUGUUACACUCAUCUCAGAGAGGGGCAAACGGCCAAAUUGGUCUUGAAAUAUCAGCAUUUUUAUAUCGUGAGGAGGAACGCAUUUCACUCGAAAUGAAGCUCACCAACAAAACAUCAGCGAUGUUUGUCCUUCAGGCCAUACAAUUUAAUAAGAAUUCUUUUGGGCUAUCCCCUGCUUCUCCACUCAGCUCACCACUGAAUAUUGCACCGGGAAAGGGCAACGAAUGCCAUAUUCCCCUAAGACCGAACCAGAUACCGUCUAAUAGCGCACCAGAAAACCCUAUAAUUCUCCAGGUUGCCAUAAAAACGAACCUUGAUGUAUUUUAUUUUGCUCUGAAUUUGGACCUGCCAAUUGUAUUUGCGCACGAUGUAAAGAUAAGUAAAAGUGAUUUUGAGUCUAUAUGGCAUAGGUUAGGUCCAAAAGCAAUAAAAGUAACUCCAAGAAAACGUAGUAGUUUAAUAAGGACACUCGAACAGCUUAGCAUGUACUACGUUGGAACCAAUGUUUGCCAGUCCGAUGAAUAUAGUAGCUCGGGAGACUCACUCUUUUUCUAUGCACAAACCACCAAUUCACUCGCUUUGUUGGCACAGAUAUCUGGAGAUAGUGCUGUUUUAAAGGCCGAAUCCGCCUCUUUGAUACCACUUUUUGCACGCUCACUGGAAAGUGUGCUCAAAUAA